AUGCCAACGUAUAAGGAUGCUUCCGUCAGUGCCAUUGAGGAGAGUGAUCAAGGCAAAUUGAUCCGCAAGGUUGAAGAGAUUCAAACCCCUAUCACCAGGAUAAGAGCGCAAUUGCUGAAGAGUGGACUAAUCCCGGAGGAGCUAGUUGCUGAAGAUAACAAUAAAAAAUUGAGGAAUUUUAUACAACAAAUGUUGGAUCGAGGCGAGUUACAGAUAAAUUGUCGUGUCAAGAGCAAGCGCCAGGAAGAGAUAGCCCUGGUGGACAUCUCUUAUGAUGAGGUUAAAGUGGAAAUACCUAUAAGCCCAUUGGUGAUAGAGUUUCCAGCACCGUUCGCAUAUAAAUAUGAGAAGGCAGUCCCGUGGAUAUAUCAGCCCAAGGCUUUUAAGCAGGGGAAGGAAGACCAACCUUUGAUGAUCAACGAACCAAAUGUCACUUCAAUUAUGGGGCCAGCAGGAAUGACACGUAGUGGCCGAGUGUUCGCGCCAAGAACUGAUGAUACUUCUGCAAAGACUAAAGGGAAGAAAGUUGAUGUCCAGAUCCCCGUCCCUAAUCAAGAAAUGCAAGACAUGCACUUGUCUCCUAAAGCUGCAGUCACUCGUGAAGAGGCUGAGGAAUUUCUGAGGAUAAUCAAGAAGAGAAAUUAUAAGGUGGUGGACCAACUGAAUCAAACACCUUCAAAGAUCUCCAUGUUAUCUCCAUUGCUCAACUCAGAAGCAUACAUGAACUCGUUGUUGAAAGUAUUAAGCAUUGCACAUAUCACAAAGGACAUAACGAUAGAACAGUUUGACGAUGUGAUAACUAGUGUGACCACUGGGAAUUUUUGGGGUUCUAAUGAUGAUGAACUGCCGAUCGAGGGAAAGAACCAUAACAAAGCCCUAAAUAUCUCCUUGAAAUGCAUAGACAUUAUACUAUCAAGGGUAUUAGUGGACACAGGUUCCUCACUGAAUGUCAUGCUGAAGACAACUUUGAUAAAGCUGCUAAUAGAAGGGAUAAGUAUGAAACCCAACACCCUAAUCGUAAAGGCAUUUGAUGGCUCAAGGCGAGCAAUGAUAGGAGAGGUUGACUUACCAAUCAAGAUAGGUCCAACUAUUUUCAAUAUCACGUUCCAGAUGAUUGUGAUUGGAGGAGAGGAGGAUAUCUUGGUUAGCCACUUGACAUCUUUGCGAUAUAUCGAGGUGGAUGGCGAGAUAACUGAAACACCAUUCCAAUCCUUGGAAGUGGUAAAUAUGAUGGUCAUCCAACAGACAUUGGAGACCCCGAAAUCAGGACUAUCCAUGGCCUCGUGGCAAGGAGCUAAGGCUGUUAUGGAAAGUGAAAAUGCUUAA